GUGAUCAGUGCUGUCUUGUCAACCAGAUCAUAUAUUCAUUACGAGAAUCAGUUUUUAGAGCACAGGCUAGUUUAUGUAACAAAAACUACUAAUGUCCAAAAGUUACAAAUCUGGUAAUGAAGAUGGAAACAAAUGUCCAUAUGCUGAACUACCAGCAAGACUUGCAGUGGACAAGAAGAGCUGGAAAUUGGGGUACAGAUUGCCAAAACUCAAAAGGAAAACCAAAGUGAGAUCUUUCAGGUCCGAGUGCAACACCAAGGUUCAUGCUUGCUUUUCCUACCUGCAGGGAGACAUUUCAAGGUAUGUUCCAUUUUGGGAGUCGUCACUACUGAACAGAAAGAGAUCAGCCCCUUUGAGUCACCUUGUAGAGUUAAUCCAUAACCCACCGCUCGAUGGACUCUGCUAUGGUUGUGACCGAAAACUGCAAAAACAUUUUCACCAUGAGAAGCCUGUACGCACUGGUGGAGGAUACACAUACUUUAGCAAAAAGGAUGCUGCUAAGGCAACUGGUCUAAGUUUGACUCCUGAAGGAACGUCUUAUAUUCCUGAAGAUGAUAUGGCAUCUCUGGCGUUGUCUAUAAAGCAACUUCUGUCUUUGGCUGCAGAAACAGACCUACUCCAACACAUGAAAAGACUUGCUUCUUGUACUAUGGUACAUAAAACUCAGGACAAGCUUAGUGUGGAAUUGCUCAAAGAGUUUUUGGAAUAUGCCUGUGGUCUUAAACUCCAACAGGAAUGUUUUAUAAAGAGUCCAAGUAUCAGCAGGCUUGUGGAAGAUGCUCCUUGGAGGUCCAUCACGAAUUUUUAUGAACCUUUAAACGCACAACAUAUCCAGCCAGCAGAGAAUUCAGCUGUUCUUUUGAUGUUACUGAGAAGUUGCCAGCUCAAAGGACAAGAUCCAAAUGUUGUUUUAAUGUUCCUUAAGAAAUCUUUACUUAAUAAAUGCCCUGAUGCAGAGGAAGUGAUCCUAGACACUUCCACCAAAGAACAACCUAUUGACAAUGGCUGGUUUAUUUGCCGAAGAGUAUUUCUACCAAAACUUUUCCAGACAUACUUAGAGAAUAAAGGAGGGUUUGGACAUUCCCAUUUCACAGAUAUAAAAAAUCCAAAGAAACAAGAUACACAACAGAAAAAAAAGAAAUGCAUACCUGUUUUCAACUCCAUAAUGAUGUUACCUAAACUUCUUCGUGAGGAAGAGGAAAAAAUCCUUCUCCAAUCUUUACAAAAUAUAUCCAAGGAAGAAAGAAUAGUGUUUCUCAAACAACAUGGUCUGUUACAAGACAAACUCCAUACUCCAUUUAUUCCAGGACUUAGUGAGAGACCUCGUGGUCUCUGGACAGAGCCGAAAGCCUUUAAAGUUCAUCACAAGAAAGUCUUCACAAGGCCCACAUCCCCUUUCUCAAAUGACCGUUUGUACAACAUUGGGUCUUUGAAGGCAAACUUUCAAGUGCAAAAAAGUGAAAAAGAGCUGACACAGUUUAUGAAGAUCCACUUCCCUCAGAUACCAUCAGCUAACUCUCCUGUAUAUGAGACAAGAAACAAAGAGUACAGCAUGAGACAACAGGAACCAUCAAAUACACAACCAAUUUUUCUGCUUCACCAUGAUAAUUUUGAUGAGAGCUGUCAGGAGUCAUCUGUCAGAAUAUCCUCUUCACUAACAAAAGAGAUGAAAAGCAGAACAGACAUUGAAAUUGCCGCUUCUAAACAGGAGAAUUUACCUGAGGUCAACCAGAUGGAAGAAAAGAUGAGCCACAUGCAAGAACUGUACUCUGCCUCUCAGUCUAAUUUCAAGCCUGAAUUUGAAGACAAUCAUCAAGUGGAUAAUGAUCCAGAUCAAGAAGCCUCAUUAUUGUCAAUUGCAUCAUUUCAAUCAACUACUUCUUGUGAGGAUGAAAUUCUUCAGGGACUGUUUCCCUCAAACAAAGUGUCCUUCCUUCCAACUUUCAAGGAGGUGCAAAGGGAUGAAGAAAACAAACUGAAAAAAGGGGAGGAAAAGCAGAAAAAGAAGAAAGUGAAAAUGUCUGUGCAGCAACCAAACAUAACCAAAUGCUAUUCAGAACAUUUUCAUGAUUCUUAUUGUGGCUUGGAUACAACUCAAAGAGAAAAUUGUCCAGGUUCAACUGACAAAUGCCUUUCCUUGGAUACAAUACAGAAUGAUAUGUUACAUCCAAGAGAACUAGAUUCCCUUGUAUAUCUUGAGACUUCUGCUCAAAGAACAAAAUCACCUCCUAUCCAGCUGGUUACACACAAACCUGAUACCUUAGAACAAUGUAAAGAUGAAAGCCAACUCAAAACAGAAAAGCCACCAGAUGCUGGUGAUGAUAGGCAGGCCAAUGAAAAAGCAGAGGCUAUCAUCACUAAGAAAGAGGAGGGGAAAAACCUGCCAAGAGCUGUUUUCACAAAGAGGAAACCAUUGCCAAAUAUCAAGAGAUACCCUAGGAAACAUAGCCAGAAAGCCAGAAUUGUGGGGGAAGAAACACAAAGACUCAGGCCAAGCAUUUUGGAUUUCUUAACCAAGUACUGCAUCAUUAAACCAGAACGUUUAUCACUUUAUGAAAGAGUUUUUCUAAAGUACUGCAGUCAUGAGAACAGAGACCAAGAAUCCACUGAAAGCUCAAGCACAAAUUUCAACUAUAUGCCUGGUGGUUUUGAUCAUGUAGAAGAAGUUUUUGCCCUGCAAAAAGCAAAGGAAAAUAUAGACAUUGGAAGAAAAAUCCAAAUAAUUGUUGAAAGAGGCUCUGUAUCAGACCAACUGGAAAAAAUACAGUUUCAAAUUAAGAAGCUUUUGGAAAGAAAAAAGCACAUUAUGGACACCGUACAAGAACUUCAAGAUCGUAUAAUACAGUUCCAGGCUACAAUAAAUGACCAACAGUUCCAUACAACAGAGCAGAAGAGGCAAAAGAAAAGGAAAAUGAUGAAAGGCACAAAGUUCAUUCUAGAUAUGAAGGAAAAGAAAGAUAACUUCUGUGGACGUCCAUCCUCUGUGCUGUCCAUAUCUUCAGGUGCCCCAAUGAAACAGGCUGAGGCCCACCAACAAAUUGAGCAUCUUGAUCUUAAAAUAAAAUUCUUCUGGAGCAAGAGUAAAGAAAUAAACUCAAGAUUAUCAGAGCUGAAUCAGGCAAGAACGGUUUUAGAACACAAAAACAAAGAAGUGAAUUUAGAGGCAAUCAUUCAGAAUUCCAAGGUUCCUCCUGAAGAAAGAAGGUUACAAAGUGCUCUGUAUCGCAGAUUGCACCCAGACAAGGAUCUUGCACUUGACCUAGCUGAUCUUGAAGAAGCUCUCCAGGAUGUUAAUAAGAGCCUGGUUUCUCCAAAAGAGUUCUCUUAUAUUUUCCAUCAUAUGAUGUUCAUCCACUCCUGAGGAAGACUGCAAGAAACAUCAGGAAUCUUGCCAGCCCUGAAUGUCGGGCGGAGGGACUCCGUGCUUCGGGCUUGCUCGCCUCCUGGGCAUCAUUUUGUUGGACACCACAGGACUAAGAAAAGUUUUUGGCAUUGUUCCAUAACAUGCAUUUAUGAGUUGGUUCUCUUACCAGUCCUGUUCAGUGCACCAUUGAAUGCUUAUGGCACUUGGGUCCUUUAAUUUAAUUUAUUUUUAUGCGGAUUAUUACAAAUUUAUUUAUGUGUGAAUUACCAUUAUUGUUGCACAUCUGGUUUCAUUGUUUUAUAUAUAUAUAUUGACUGUUUGCCCCUCUGCCUUCAUUUGUGGUUAUCCAUUUUCUCUUUGUUCAUUCCCUGCGCUUAGCAUGUCUGGGAGGGGGCCACAUCGUUGAAUUGGGCAAGCACUGCCAACAGUUUACCCCUAAGACAAGAGGGGAUCGUGCCUCCCUACUGAAAGCCAUGCAAUGGGAGAAGGCCAUGUCAAGCACCAGUAGCCCAGCAGCAAAGACAUGUGCUGAGGCAGAGUGCAUGGUAUGAGCCGUAUCUGGCGUCAACUGGCACUCUUUCUCUAAGAGCUGUGUGCAAAGUCACCUACACACCAUACACCCACAAAGUAGAGGAAGAGAAGGAAGCGAUUUUCUCUCACAAUAUUUCUAUCCAAGAGCAGUAGUUACUCUUGUCACAAGUCCUAUUUUAUUGCAUGUUUAGUACACGUUCCCUAUGGAAUGUCUAAAAAUAACAUUCUUUUGGUACUGUAAUGUUAUAGUAGUAAUAAUAUAUGCAAAUAUACCCUCGGAUCCGAGUCGCCAUUGAAACCGACAUUGAAAGUUGUCAUGGUCUUGUGAGACCUCGGCAUCAACUCGCUUGGUACCAAGCAUUGUCCCACUUGAUGAUAGCCUCCCGAAGUCUCUAGAAGGGACAUUGAGAUCUCUGCUGCCAACUGAAACUGAAGAGGCUCCUUUGGAUCCACUGCCCCAAAAGCAGAAGAACAAAUUGAAGCACUUAGAGAAACUGUGAAGCAAAUCCUGGAACUGUAGCAAUCCGCCUGUUCUGGAACCCAUGCCUGAACCAAGAUCAGAGUCAGUUGUUGUGUCCCGUAGGAGAUCAAGCUCACAGUCUCCAUCAUUGGAAAGGGAAGCCAGGAUGGAGACAGAAGCCCAGCAACAGAUGUACCUGGCGAUGGAACAGGCACGUCAAAAACCAAAAGACUGUAUUUUAAAAUAUAUUUAUUCAGAUACCCCGGAAACAGUCGCUUUUCUAAAAAGUCGCUUAUCUAAAAAGAAAAAGGACGGCUAAAUCUUAUGGUGUCUUGCCAGCAGCACCUGGAGGCCAGUCUUACAGAAGGUCAGGAAGACAAUACUAUCAACAGAGAUGUGACUAUAGGUCACAUUGAUUCCAGCCAUAUCGACAACAGUAUCCAUAUAGAGCACCUUACUCAGGACAGGCUCAACCCAGAAGGAAGCAAUCAGGGCAUCUUACAUCAUCCCACCAGAACCAACCUAAUAAAGAGCAUAUGUAGAACCAGAAGGGCCAGUUCUGACUAAAGGUGCAAAAAUCUGUAACCUCAGCACUCUUUGAGGACAGAUUGUCAAAGUUCCUCCAUGCAUGCCAGGACAUUUCUUCUGAUGUUUGGGUUUUGUCUAUUAUUAAAGUAGGUUACAGGUUGGAAUACUAUUCCUUGACUCUGACUUAUUUGCCUUCUCGGACCCCCAAUAAUAUUGUACCUGAAUUGCAAGAGAAGAUUAAUACAUUAUUAGAGAAAGAGGCGCUUCAAAAGGUCCCUAGUUCAGACACACUAUUUGGGUUUUUCUCACGCUUCUUCCUGGUGGACAAGAAGGAUGGAGGGAAAAGAACCAUCUUCGGUCUGAGAGGCUUAAAUAAUUAUUUGAAAGUCUUAAAAUUUAGAAUGGUCACACUCCCUUGGAUCUUAAACAUAGUCUCCCAUGAUGCAUAGUUUGCAGUCUUAGACUUGCAGGAUGCUUAUUUUCAUAUCUCAAUAUGUCUAGAGCAUAGGAGGUACAUCAGGUUCGUGUUCAAUGACGAAGUGUUUUAGUACUCGGCCACAGCACCUCAGGUAUUUAUGAAAUGUGUGGCUGUAAUCAGGUCUCGAAUGUUACAAUGGCAUGGAUUCAGGUGGCCAGAUAGGCCGUAUCAAGGUAGGGGGCUGUCUUCCAGGUUAGACUGAAGUUGUAGAAAGUGUUUUUUGCAGCUGCCUUAACUUGCUUUUCUAAUUGUAGUACUGAAUCCAGUAUAACCCCAUGGCUCUUAACUGAAUCUGCAAGUGGCAAGUGAACUCCAUCGAAUGUGGAGAGUACAAGAUCUCUGCCUUUCCAACCAGCAUCACUUUCGUCUUGUAUGGGUUCAGUUUCAGUUUGCAGGGAUGGCAUAUGAAGGUGAUAUGUGAUGUCUCCUUCUGCUACUGGGAGUAGGUCUUCUUAAGCCAGGGACAAAACAGAAAAAUAAAUAUCUGUUAAGUCAAAUGCCCUUCAAAUUCUAUAACACUAUUUUUUUUCUUUCAGAUUCUUGAACUUCCAGGUCAAUACAGAUUAAACCUUGAACUCUUCUGUGUAAUAGCAGCUCUAUCGGAGAAAAUAACACA